AUGAUUAGAGGCGAGGAAGUAUUGAAACACAACACGACGGAAUCAUGUUGGGUCAUUGUUCAUGGCCAAGUAUACGAUGUCACCAACUUCUUAGGUGACCACCCUGGAGGCUCCACAGUCGUCCUUCGACAUGCUGGUAAAGAUGUCUCGGAGAUCUUUGAUCCUAUCCACCCCAAAGGCAUACUUGGAGAGACUCUUACUAUGAAACAAAUCCUAGGGCCGGUAGAUCCUGCGAGCAGCAUAACAAAAGCCUCACUCCCUCGAACAAACGUCGAGAAUACGAGCCCAGAGAACAAAGCACUCCCUCUUUCGCUCUGCAUGAACCUCGAUGACCUUGAGAUGAGUGCGUGCAGGGUGAUGUCUCGGCGGGCUACAACUUUCAUCACGUCAGGUGCCGACAGUCUCGCCUCGGUACGGCGGAACCGGAAAGACUGGUCAAAGAUUAUAUUCAGGCCGAGGGUACUCCGUAAUGUUGCACGAGCCGAUAUGAGACGCAAUAUACUGGGCAAGAAGAGCAGUCUGCCGUUCUUCAUCGCGCCAAUGGGUAUGGCAAAGCUUGCACACAACGAGGGAGAAUUGGCUCUUGUCCGUGGUGCCGUGGCCAAGAAUAUUCCAUAUUGCGUAAGCGGCUAUUCUUCUAUCCGCCAUGAUGAGCUUAUGGCUUGCCACAAAGAGUCGGGGAAAGGGGGGUUUUUGUUUUACCAAUUAUAUGUGGCUAAAUCGGGCGAGGAUGCCACUCGACAGCUGAUCAGAACAGCGAGAAACCUGGGUUAUGAAGCACUCUUCGUCACGGUCGAUGCUCCUGUCAUCGGCAAACGAGAAGAGGACGAGCGGUACAAGGCCGAACUCGACUAUGCUGCAAGAGGUGCAGAAGAAAUAGUGCGAACCCCCCAAACCACCUCGAACGAAGCGCCACCGGUACUGCGAGGGACGCACUCCUACACGCUUUCUUGGGACGACCUAAGGUACAUUCGAGAUGCAUGGGGAGCCUCAUCAGGACCCGUCGUCAUCAAAGGCAUUCAAACUGCAGAGGACGCGAAGAUAGCAGCUGACAUGGGAUUUGAUGGUAUCUACUUGAGCAACCAUGGUGGUCGGCAGCUUGAUUAUGCUCCAAGCUCAAUCAGAACCCUGCUUGAAAUAAGGCGAUUCUGUCCCGAGAUCCUGUCCAAAGUGCAAAUAUUCCUGGACGGAGGCAUUCGCCGUGGUACCGACAUCAUUAAAGCAUUAUGUCUUGGAGCCACUGCUGUCGGCAUCGGUCGACCAUUCAAUUAUGGAAUAGCUCUCGACGGGCUUGCAGGUUGCAACAAAGUCACACAGCUGCUGAGCGAUGAAAUCGAGACGACUAUGAGGCUCCUUGGCGUUACAGAUCUGGGACAGCUUGGGCCGGAAAUGGUAAACUGUAGGGCUCUGGAAGAGCAGCUUCCAACAUCUCUAAAGUCCUUCCAUGCAGAACCAAGAGCAAGAAUAUAG